GAGUAUCUGCAACAACUGCAAGCGCGAGCCAAACAUUGCAACGGGCAAUCGGUGUCACUGCAAGAAAACCAGCUUGUGAUCAUCAAGGAAGACAACAUGCAUCCUACCUCGUGGCCGAUGGGUCGCAUCGUUGCAGUUCACCCAGGCAAGGACGGAGUCGUUCGCGUGGUUACACUGCGCACAGCUGCCGGAAAACAAAUCGUACGCGCAGCUAAUCGUUUGGCAAUUCUACCAAACCCCGACGUACUCAGCAAUUUGGAGAAGAAAGGAGACACUGGCACUGAGUAACGUAAACUGCCUUGAACUACACUACAUUGUUUUUUGCACACACCACACUUUAUUCCGCACUUGUUUACGUUUGACACUUGUCAGUGAUAGCAGGACAGAAUCCGUACAUACACACAUACACACUCACGUACAUACAGAACGGAAGCUAUAGCUAUUCUAUAUUCUAUAGAAUCAACGCGUUCGCUUUACGCUUGGUUAGCAGUUUGUUUAUAAUUUUCAUUUUUCAAUUAGUCUUGAAUUUUAAAGAAGUUCCUUCUUUGGUGGCCGGUAAUGUUGAAUUUUGGGUUAAUAUUAAUAUUUCAAAUAUGAAUUCAAAUAGGAAAACACGCAGGAAUUACAAGGAACUAAACCAUAGGAUAUAGAUAAAACUACUUGACUAAUUAGGACUGCAUGAAAUGAACUGCUCGAACUACACGAAUGAACUUUGUAAUGAAUUAUGUAAUGAACUAUGGGACAAACGAAUAUACAGUUGCAAACAGACCGGCGAUUAAUGUGCACUCUUUUCAUUCUCAUCAAAUUUACGCAAGUUAAUAUCACAGUCCAGUACAUUAGUGAAUAUAUUUCACAUUUUUGGUCCUUCGAACCGGAUCCGUGAUUUAGUGAGUGUAAAUUCGUUCAUUCCGCAUCAAGAGUGAACAACGGUUUUUACGGCUUCAAGAGUGCAAGUCAUUACGUGACAUUCCCGCCAUCGCAUUUCGCCCCGCAUCAAGGGCAACGGUCGUUUUCGCGCCAUCAUUCGAAUUUCGCGCCAUCGUGUUUGUGUGUGAUAUCUGAGUUCCGGAAAAUGGAAAAAAUGGAAAAGAAAAUCAAGCCAGAGCAGCUGAAGAAGAGGAUCGCCGUGUAAAAUAUAAAGUCGCUGGAACGGUUCCAGCCAGAAUACUCUACCGAUGAUGCCAAGCAGAUUCCAGAGGCGUUAGAGGAUUUGGAGAAGCAUAAAGAAGGGUUCUUCGCCGCGGUUUCCAAACUGGAAGAGCUCGACGACAGUGACACAAUGAUCGAAGCUUGCAUCAUGGAAAGGAUCGACAUCGAGGAACGCUGCCGCAAGCUGAAAUCUUUUCUUCGAGAGCAUCAACCGAAGGAAGAAGGUUCCCUUAACGAGACGACAGGUUUGGCAUCAUCUACGCUUGCGUUUGGUCGACCUCACGCGCCAAACCUACGCCUGCCAAAAAUUGAGCUGCCAACGUUCGAUGGAGACCACACAAAAUGGCUUUCGUUCCGUGAUCGGUUCAUAGCCAUGAUCGACGCAUCUGCUGAGCUACCGUCUAUCGCCAAACUGCAAUACUUGCUUUCUUCGCUCAAGGGGGAUGCAGCCUUACCCUUCGAACACACACCUCUAACGGCAGACAAUUAUUCAGUGACGUGGGCAGCACUUUUAAAACGGUACGAUAAUUCUCGUCUGCUAAUACGUGAGUAUUAUCGUAAAUUGCACUAUCUUCCCGGAGUGCAAUCGGUGUGCGUGGACAAGCUAACCCACUUGGUGGAUGAGUUCACCCGUUUCGUCAACGGACUGGUGAAGCUCAAGGAACCGGUUGAUUCAUGGGACACACCACUAUCGAACAUGCUGCUUAUGAAACUGGAUCGUGAAACGCUAUUGGCUUGGGAAAAACACUCCGUACACUUCACCAAGGAUGCAUACAAAGAUGUAAUUGCGUUCGUGCAAGAUCGAAUCCAGAUCCUCAAAUCGACCAACAAUUUUGUGAGUGAGCAGAGCGCUAGUGGAACUAAGGUGGCCGGCAUUCAUCGUCACGCAGUGCAACGGAGGUUCGUCGCAAAUGCAGCUGCAUCGUGCCCUACUCCUGCUGUUUCAUCUGGUUCGAUUCAGCAGCCCAAGUGUCCAUUAGAGUGCGCAGAAGCUCACCCAUUACGCAGCUGUCCAGUUUUUAUCGGCAAGGAGGUUCAGCACCGCCGGGACGUCGUCUCAUCGAAGCGGUUGUGCUGGAACUGUCUAAGCAGCACACAUCAAGUCAGAGCGUGCAAAUCUGACUAUUCGUGUCGUACGUGUCGUGAACGCCAUCACACUCUCCUGCAUCACACGCCACCUAGAACGGUCACAAUGGCAGCACAUUCCGACGACGACAAAGUGUUUUUGGAAACAGCAAACGUCCAGGUCAAGGACGAUUACGGCAAUCUCUUCGAGGCAAGGGCCUUACUCGACUCCGGUUCCAUGUCGAAUUUCAUAUCCGAUGAAUUCGCUCGAAAAUUGUUGACCAGUCGCAACAAGGUUAACGUCGCUGUAUCGGGCAUUGGAAAUGCAGUACAGCAAGUGAAGGGUUCGAUCGUCGCAACGGUGCAGUCGAAAACUCAAUCCUUUGCUACGGAGAUGGCUUUUCUGGUGUUGGAAACGCCAUCAGCUCACAUUCCCACUUCACCUACGGACAUCUCAUCGUGGAAAAUGCCGGACGUGGCAUUAGCUGACACCAACUUUAAUUUGCCUGGGCAUAUCGACAUCGUCAUCGGAGGCGAUGCUUUCUGGGAGCUUCACACCGGUCGCAAGCGCUCUAUUGGCAGAGGCAAACCGUGGCUGGUGAAGACGCACUUCGGCUGGGUGGUAUCCGGCAACACACAGCACUCAUCAACUGGCCCGCGGGUGUGCCAUCUCGCAACACACGACAUCCCCUUGGAGGAAAUUAUGCAGCGCUUUUGGGAAAGCGAAACCAUAGCCGAGGAUCCUGUGCUAUCGGUCGAAGAGGAUGCCUGCGAAAAACACUACUCAUCGACAACCGUUCGCAAUUCAGCGGGAAGGUAUGUUGUUAGUUUCCCUUUUAAUCCUAAUCCAAAUGUCGUUUUAGGGGAAUCUAAAGCAACAGCCGAUCGUAGACUCCGUUGUAUGGAACGCCGUUUGGUGAAUAAUCCUACAAUGAGAGACGAAUAUGUAAAAUUCAUGCAGCAAUACGAACAUUUGGGUCACAUGAAGAGGCUUACUGGUCCGGUAGACGAUUCGACUCAACAUUAUUACCUUCCUCAUCAUGCCGUGGUAAAAGAGUCGAGCACAACAACGAAGGUUCGGGUUGUUUUUGACGCGUCGUGCAAGACGUCCAGUGGCUAUUCGUUGAAUGACAAGCUGUUGGUCGGUCCAGUCGUUCAGGACGAUCUUUUCUCCAUCAUUCUUCGGUUCCGUUUGCAUGCCAUCGCCCUGACUGCUGACGUGGAGAAAAUGUACCGUCAGAUUCUACAUCACCCUGACGAUAGAAACCUGCUACGUAUCCGAUACAGAGAGAGCCCUACAGACGAAAUAUCCACCUUCGAGCUACAAACAGUCACGUACGGUACAGCAUCUGCUCCAUUUUUGGCAACUAGAACUCUACGGCAGGUUGCUAUCGAUAACAGCGACACAUACCCACAAGCUAUAAACGCUGCGUUAAAUGAUUUUUAUGUGGAUGAUUUGUUAACGGGAUCAAACGACAUUAACGAAGCCAUCGAAAUGCGCACACAAAUUUCACAAAUGUUGGAAUCUGCAGGAUUCUCGCUAAAAAAAUGGGCAUCGAAUCGGUCAGAAGCACUAGUAAACAUUCCUGCCGAAGACAUAGCAAUCCAACCAACGCAUGAGUGGCAAGAAUCAAACCAUGUAUCCACAUUUGGAAUCGUUUGGGAACCAACAGCAGACACGUUUCGGUUCCGUAUUGAUAUGCCUCCUAUCACAACAAUAAUUACCAAAAGGCUAGUUUUAUCCGAUAUUGCUAAAGUUUUCGACCCUCUCGGCUUGCUUGGUCCUACGAUCAUCAUUGCGAAAAUGUUUAUGCAACAACUAUGGGCGCUAAAGAAGGAUGGAAAGUCAUUUGACUGGGAUAGCGAGCUACCAUCGCCCCUACAACGUGAAUGGUUAAAAUUUCAUUCAACCUUGGAAUCACUCCGUGAUAUACGCAUUCCACGUUAUAUUUCCCAAUGCACAGCUACAAACGUGCAAAUACAUAUAUUCGCAGACGCUUCACAAUUAGCAUAUGGUGCUUGUUGCUAUAUUCGUGCUGAAAGCAUAAAGGGAGCGUAA